CUACUUAAUGUUUUUGACCAGUAUUAUAACGAUGCACAUCUGCAUCUUAAGGAUAAACUAUGGAAGUAAAAUGUGAAAUCCUAUUUUGCAGCGCUGCGUUGUUCUGAUGCUUUCUCUUUUUCUCUGAAUGGCUAUCUUUAAGGAGAAAGGUGUUUCUACUGUCAUAUCACUAAGUAAGACUGUAGCAGUGACAAUUGAGGGCGAUGAGCAUCUGCGUCGAGGCGAGGCACAUCUGAAAUGAAGAGAGGGUGGGGGUGCAAUUCUGGAAGAUUCUGCAGGAAUCUUACGAGUGGACCCCAUUUCAUUCGUUUAUUGUGGGGACCGUUUCUCUGAGCUAGGUGGUUAGCCUUCCCUGUUUAAGCCACAACGUACACACUGUGGUGGGGACUAAAUGUUUUAGGAGCCAAUGACUGGAAUAGACUGAUACCCACUUCUUUCUUCAAAGAUGUCAAAGAGGCCAUCCUAUGCCCCUCCCCCUCCCCCUGCCCCUACAACUCAAAUGCCCAACACUACCGGGUUUGUGGGGUACAACCCAUACAGCCAUCUGGCCUACAACAACUACAGACUGGGAGGGAGCCAAAGCAGCAACAGUCGGGUAACGAAUUCCUCUGGAAUAAAUAUCCCAAAGCCUCCCAAGCCACCUGAUAAGCCACUGAUGCCAUAUAUGAGAUAUAGUCGUAAGGUUUGGGAUCAAGUAAAAGCCUCCAAUCCUGAUCUGAAGCUAUGGGAAAUUGGGAAGAUAAUCGGUGGCAUGUGGAGGGACCUCACUGAUGAGGAGAAACAGGAUUAUUUGAAUGACUACGAAGCAGAGAAGAUUGAGUAUAAUGAGAGCAUGAAGGCCUAUCACAACUCGCCAGCCUACCUGGCCUACGUCAAUGCAAAAAGCCGUGCUGAGGCAGCUCUGGAAGAGGAAAGCCGUCAGAGGCAGUCCAGACUGGACAAGGGCGAGCCUUACAUGAGUAUUCAGCCAGCAGAGGAUCCAGAUGAUUAUGAUGAUGGGUUCUCCAUAAAGCACUCAGCUGCAGCUCGUUUCCAACGCAACCACCGUCUGAUCAGCGAGAUUCUUAGUGAGAGUGUAGUCCCAGAUGUGCGUUCAGUUGUUACCACUGCUCGCAUGCAGGUUCUCAAACGCCAGGUCCAGUCUUUGAUGGUGCAUCAGAGAAAGCUGGAGGCAGAGUUGCUUCAGAUUGAAGACCGCCACCAGGAUAAGAAAAGAAAAUUCAUUGAAGCCACAGAGUCAUUCACAAAUGAGCUCAAAAGGUUGUGUUGUAUGAAGGUGGAGGUGGACAUGGAGAAGAUUUCUGCAGAGAUUGCUGCAGCAGAGGAAGCAGCCCGCAAACGGAUGGCAGAACGUGAGAAGGAUGCAGGGGACCGUGGUGCAAGAGAGGCCCCCACCUGUGUCUUAGCAGAAGAAGAAAAACACAUUUGUGCAACACAUGGCAACAAGUCCCAGCAAAAUUCUCUCAGUGAAAGUAGCAACAAGGACGGCGAGGACACAGAAUCCAACAUCACAGACACACUAGGGAAGCCAAAGGCCUCAGAGGAGCUUGAAGCUCAUCCAGGCAGUGAGGAAGGGGUGUCAGAGGACAAGGAAAGUGUCCCAGAGGGAGCCAUGGAGGAGGGAACCAGUGACAGUAACACAGGCUCAGAGACCACCUCUGCUCAGACAGAAGAUGCCCCAACUAGUGAGCCAUCAGAGGGCCGCAGGGCAAGAGCAGCCCACUAA